UAAAGUAUAUAUUUCGCUAAAACGGAUCGUGGUGAAUGGUCGCAAGAGAUCGUGAGAUCGUGAAUCCUAAGUACACCAUUUGGAAAACGAAAACUGGAAAGAUUCUGGUGUUAAUUGUGAGCAUCGAAAAGAGCAGCAGAAAAAAUGGAAAAUAAAUCAGACGAGGUUGUUGCAGGGCAGGUGGUAUCUCAAUGGCGAAGACUCGCAAGACAACAGUCAACGAGAAUCGUCAAAUUGGCAGACAAUAUCGUCUUACCGAGGAAUGAACGAACCUCACGGCAAAUUCCCAAAAAUGUAAUAAUGGAGAUGAAUAGUGUCGAGAGUCAGCAUCCACCAGCAGCUGUCUUUCCAGACAAGGGAAUUACUGCGAUGAAAACCGAAAAAUUUCCUAAGUUUAUGAUUGGAGUUUCAGUUGUUCAAAUUUUCCUUUUUUGUUUCUACGACUCCGAUGAACUUAUUAUGAGACUUGGCUACGAUCCUAGCCGCCGUCAUGAAGUUUGGCGUUUCUUCACACCAAUAUUUGUGCAUAUUGGCUGGUCGCACUUAUUGGGAAAUCUGGUGAUGCAGCUAAUAUUGGGUGUGUUUCUCGAAAUAGUUCAUGAGUGGAGGCGAAUCGCAAUAAUUUAUCUGGCGUCAGGCUUUGGUGCUGCGUUAUGUGUAACCGUCUUAGCCAACACUUCAUAUGGUGGCGGUGCAUCGGGUGCAGUUAUGGGAUUACUUUUCUCCCAUUUGGCCACAAUCGUAUUGAAUUGGAACGAAAUGGAAAGGAAAUUCCUCGCACUGUAUAUAAUCUAUGACGUUGGAAGGGACGUUUACACGGAAGUAUAUUUAGAUAUAAGGUCAAAUAUCGGUCACGCUGCUCAUUUUGGAGGAGCUGUAACUGGUUUUCUGGUCUCAAUUUUGGUAUUAAAAAAUUUCAAAAAACAUCCGUGGGAGGAGACCUUGCAGAAAAUUUGCGUUGGAGCUUUGUUAGCCAUUUUUGUCAUAAUUUUGGCAAUGAACGUUACGCUGCCGGACUAUUUUCCAGAAAAUGAAUGGAAUUUCGACUAUGCGAAAACCUAUUAUCGUGAAGAUAGUGCUGAAGAUACUGAAGACUACCUCGACACCUAUACUGAGCAAAGUUCGACGAUGCAGUAUGAUGAGGACUACCACUACGACUUUACUCCACGUAGUACGACGACGCCGUAUGAUGAGGACUACUACUAAAAUUCUAAAUGAAGAAACUUUCAAAGAGUACGAGGAUCUCAUGAACACAAUUUCAUACAAAUAAAUAUUU